AUGGAGCUUAACGAGAUCGAAGAGCUGCCGAAGAAGCUCCUUCGGGAGGAGGCGGGUCGCGCUUUCCGCCUUCAAGCUUCGGCUUCGAUGGACAUGUGGCUGUGCGUUAAGCUAGCCAUCAAUGCUGCCGAGAAAGCGAAGAAGGCUUACGAGGACGAUAGGGCCAAGGUUGCCGAGGCUGGCAAGGCUAUCCAGGACCACACGAACCUGGAGAAGGAUUUACAGGCUGCCGAACGGCAGCCCUGGAGUCGGUGCGGCUAUCGGCAUGAGAGGCGAAGGAGGCCGUCGAGGUGGCUUUGGAGGAGUCGGAGCGGGCCAAGGCUUCGGAGAUCGAGGCUGCUGUCCAGGAGGCUGUCCGGAAGUACCGCCACUCUUCUGAUUUCUCCACCUUGCUCGACAAGGAGGUGGGCUCGGAGAUGGUGGAUCUGA